GGCCGGGCAGACGGGUCAGUUUUGAUUCAGCAAUCACAGCGACCAGACGCGAGCGACAACGCGAAGUCUAGCGACUUUCUCUGUUCGUGACAGCGAGCUUUAAGUGCGAAGUGCAGUUUUUCUCCGAGUUUUGUGAACGAGUAUCUCAGCAUCAAAAUGCCAGCAGUGGGAAUCGACUUGGGCACCACCUACUCCUGCGUGGGCGUGUGGCAGCAGGGCAAGGUGGAGAUCAUCGCCAACGACCAGGGCAACCGCACCACCCCUAGCUAUGUGGCCUUCACCGACACCGAGAGGCUGAUCGGCGACGCGGCCAAGAACCAGACCGCCAUGAACCCCAAGGACACCGUGUUCGACGCCAAGCGACUCAUCGGGCGGCGCUUCGACGACCCCAAGAUCCAGGCUGACAUCAAGCAGUGGCCCUUCAGCGUCAUCAGCGACAGCGGCAAGCCCAAGAUCCAGGUUACAUUCAAGGGUGAGCGCAAGGUGUUCUCCCCGGAGGAGAUCAGCUCCAUGGUGCUGACGAAGAUGAAGGAGACGGCCGAGGCGUACCUGGGCAGCACGGUCCGGGACGCGGUGGUCACCGUGCCCGCCUACUUCAACGACAGCCAGCGCCAGGCCACCAAGGACGCGGGCGUCAUCGCGGGGCUCAACGUCAUGAGGAUCAUCAACGAGCCCACGGCCGCGGCGCUGGCCUACGGCCUGGACAAGAACCUCAAGGGCGAGCGCAACGUGCUCAUCUUCGACCUGGGCGGCGGUACCUUCGACGUGUCGGUGCUCUCCAUCGACGAGGGCUCCCUGUUCGAGGUCAAGUCGACGGCCGGAGACACGCACCUGGGCGGCGAGGACUUUGACAGCCGGCUGGAGUUCAAGCGCAAGUACAAGAAGGACGUGACGAGCAACCCCCGCGCCCUGCGUCGCCUGCGCACCGCGGCGGAGCGCGCCAAGCGCACGCUGUCGUCCAGCACCGAGGCCAACAUCGAGAUCGACGCGCUGUACGAGGGCAUCGACUUCUACACCAAGGUGUCCCGGGCCCGCUUCGAGGAGCUGUGCGCCGACCUGUUCCGCGCCACGCUCACCCCGGUCGAGCGCGCGCUGCAGGACGCCAAGAUGAGCAAGAGCGACAUCCACGACGUGGUCCUGGUGGGCGGCUCCACGCGCAUCCCCAAGGUCCAGAGCCUGCUGCAGAACUUCUUCUGCGGCAAGUCCCUCAACCUGUCCAUCAACCCAGACGAGGCCGUGGCGUACGGCGCGGCCGUGCAGGCCGCCAUCCUGUCCGGCGACCAGAGCGAGGCCAUCCAGGACGUGCUGCUGGUGGACGUGGCGCCGCUGUCGCUCGGCAUCGAGACGGCGGGCGGCGUCAUGACCAAGAUCAUCGAGCGCAACAGCCGCAUCCCGUGCAAGCAGACGCAGACCUUCUCCACGUACGCCGACAACCAGCCGGCCGUCACCAUCCAGGUGUUCGAGGGCGAGCGCGCCAUGACCAAGGACAACAACCGCCUGGGCACCUUCGACCUGACGGGCAUCCCGCCCGCGCCGCGCGGUGUCCCCAAGAUCGAGGUCACCUUUGACCUGGACGCCAACGGCAUCCUCAACGUCGCCGCCAAGGACACGAGCUCGGGCCGCUCCCAGAACAUCACCAUCAAGAACGACAAGGGCCGCCUCUCGGCCGACGAGAUCCAGCGCAUGGUGGACGAGGCUGAGCGGUACAAGGCCGAGGACGACCAACAGCGCGACCGCGUCGCAGCGCGCAACCAGCUGGAGGGCUACGUGUUCAGCAUCAAGCAGGCCAUCGACGAGGCCGGCGACAAGCUCCCGGAGCAGGACAAGACCAGGGCGCGCGAGGAGUGCGAGGCGACGCUGCGCUGGCUGGACAGCAACACCCUGGCCGACAAGGAGGAGUACGAGCACCGCCUCAAGGAGCUGCAGCAGAAGGUGCAGGAGGUCAUGGUGCGCCUGCACUCGGGCGGCCCGGGCGCGUCGCAGCCCCAGGCACCCCAGGGCUGCGGGCAGCAGGCUGGCAGGCACAACGGCCCCACCGUCGAGGAGGUCGACUAAAUCAACCCAGUCAUUAGGGUGAUAAAGACUUUUGAGAAAGUGGGAUUUUAGUGUUAAUGAUGUGUGAACAUGUUUAGUUGCAGCAUUUCUUUAAAUCCAAAGAGGUGUAUGUGUGAGUGUGUGAGUGUGUUACUACAUAAGGUGCUUAUCUUAUUUAUUGUUUUUGCAUUUGCUAUGUUGACUGAUUAAUUGUUAAUGUAAAUCUAGUUUGCGGCUAUUACACAUGUACACUUGAUGUAAUAGUUUUGUUUCCUGUGGAACCGUUAUAUGUUGCAAGCAGAAAACUGUGUUGGAAAUAAUUAUUUCAAUCAAUAAAUUAUUUUAUAUAUUUUUUUAAA